CAUUAAUGUUUCUUCAAACUAAACUUAAUUUUACUGCUUACAUAAGUAGGACUAGGCAUGGAUGAUAUCCCAUGUGGCUUUGUAUUAGAACACUACCCCACUGGAUGCGCAGCAAAUGUAAACUGAAACGAAAUGUAGAAGUAACAUGUAUACGACAUUCACAAGCCGACGCUUCUUUUCCCCCCUGAUCUGUAUGAAUUCAGCAGAAGGUCUCGACAACUGAAUCAAUGAAAGGCUUUUUCGAACAGCUUUGUUUCACAGACCAAGAAAACUAUUAAACUACCCUGCUGCCUUACGUUUUUGGUAGACUGUAAACUCUGGGAAAGAUACGUCAAAUACGGUAAUCAUAUAUAAGCCUCAAUAAUGAAAAACAUCAUAAGAAUAGAAGCUUAAACAUAACUCAAAAGCCACGCGUUACAGCUGUUAAUGAAAACUGUAUGUACGCUUUUCUUAAUUUCACGUAUGUUGCACUUGAGAUCCAAGCCAAAACAACCUACUGUUAAGUUUCACAGAACAACGACCCAACUAACAGAAAUAUGAGAAGUACUUCCGGACUCCGGAGAAGGAAAAAAGCAAAUAAAACAACUGGACUAAUACUUCAACCCAAUCGACGUCUUACAGCCAUGACAAACUCCACCCUUUACGUCACGGUUUAUGCUUUUGAUGUUGGAGGGAAAAACUGGCAGUACUACAACUGGACGCAGGUGACAACUGUAGCAACUUUUGGGAAGUAUGAUCCAGAACUAAUGUGCUUUGCACAUUCAAAAGGAGCCAGAGUAGUUUUAAAAGGCGAUGUUUCUUUGAAAGAAAUUCUUGACGACUCUAGACGAGAUGCCUGGGUUACUAAACAAGUAGAGCUGGCAAAGAAGCAAUUUAUGGAUGGGAUCAACCUUGACAUAGAGCAAGCAGUUGAGGAGUCCUCACCAGAGUAUUAUGCAUUAACUGCACUAGUGGAUGCAACAACAGAAGCCUUCCACAGAGAAAUUCCAGGCUCACAGGUUUCUUUUGAUGUAGCUUGGUCUCCAAAGUGCAUUGACAAGCGUUGUUAUGAUUACACUAUGAUUGCAGAUCGCUGCGAUUUCUUAUUUGUAAUGUCCUAUGAUGAACAGUCUCAGAUUUGGGGAGAAUGCAUUGCAAGUGCUAAUGCACCAUAUAACCAGACACUGGAAGGGUACAUGGAUUACAUAAAGAUGAAUAUAGACCCAAAGAAGCUUGUGAUGGGUGUUCCUUGGUAUGGAUAUGAUUAUCCCUGCCUUAACUUCACUCGGUUGAAUGAGUGUGUAAUAUCAAAAGUCCCAUUCAGAGGGGCUCCUUGUAGUGAUGCUGCUGGGCGACAAGUCCCUUAUAAACAGAUCAUGAAGCAGCUCAAUAGUUCGACUUCUGGAAGAAUGUGGGACAACGUUCAGAAAGCUCCAUAUUACAUGUACAUGGACAGUGGUGGCCAGGUGCACCAGGUAUGGUAUGAUGACCCACAGAGCAUUUCCUUAAGGGCAGCUUACGUGAAGAAUCUUGGUCUCAGAGGUAUUGGUAUGUGGAAUGCAAAUCUCCUCGACUAUACAGAUGAUCCCAUAGCAAAGCAGCAGACAAAGGAUAUGUGGGAUGCCCUUCAGCCAUAGCAACAGAAGUACUGUAAUUCUGGACCACCAACUUUCAUGCCUCAUGAUUUGUAGCACUUGAGUUUCCUCCUGAAUAUGAGUGAAAUACUUGUGCUAUUAUUUUUAGUGUGAGUUACAUGCUAAAUGAUAUUUGUAUGGUGUUGAAUUUUCAAAAUGUGUGGUCACUUCAGGGAGUAAAAUGAAAGUAUGUUAAGUAAGUUGCUUCUGUUUAUGUAUGCAAGUCUCCCAAAUGUGUAUGGACAUAGCUGAAAAUUCCAAAUUAUCCUAUUUUCUUUAAAUGAUUGCUUGUGCUAUAAAUUUGUUGCAGCUUAAAGCCACCGGACUGUAUAUAAUCCAAUUGCCUAAAUGGUGGUGUGACAGUAACACUUGAAUUUUGUCUGUGUAUAUAAUAGCUUAGGUCAUUACUGCUGCAUUCCACUUUCUGUUACACCUGUACCAUUUUCUGGAAGGAAUGGCAUUGUGAAUAGCUGCAGAACUGAAGUGAUUCUUGUAAUGCACUAGUUUGGUGUAAACCAUACUGUUCCAUACCCCUAAGUUUUAUUACUGGAAUUUUGGUGGCUAAAAUUUGUCAAGACAUUAAAUAAAAUAAAAUAUUUCUAUUUUCCUAGACAGAAA